AAACCCGGAAGUUGAGCCCGGUUUCCCGUCUGCUUGACAGGAACAGCGUUCCAAACUUGUUGCAUCUGCCUCCUGUCCUUCCUCUGCUCCUGUUGAACCGCAUCGCCGCGCUGGCUGUGGUUCUCCGGCUCGGUUCUGCUGUUCUCUGUCCUCCCGAGUGCGAAUGGAUCCGACCAAACCUCUCGAGCUCCUCAUCCUCGUCUGCGCGGCGACCUGCGGCUCCAACCCGCUGGUGGACAUCGUUGUGGAUCGGUACCACAUUCCCAGAGUUUGUCCUCGUGAGGUGCAAACAGAGGACUUCGUCCGGUACCAGUUCAACGGGACUUUCCAUGAGAACGGGCAGCAGUUUGACUCCAGCCAUGACCGAGGCAAAGCCUUCAUCAGCCAGGUGGGCCUGGGCAGACUCAUCACCGGGAUGGACCGGGGUCUCCUGGGUAUGUGUGUGAAUGAGCGCAGGAGGAUCACCGUCCCGCCUCACCUGGCCUAUGGCAGCAUUGGAGCAGGUGGGGUCAUCCCUCCUGACAGCAUCCUGGUGUACGACGUCCACCUGCUGGACAUCUGGAACCCAGAAGACAAAGUUCAAAUCCGCACGCUCAGCAAACCCGCAGCCUGCAGCCGUGGCGCCUCAGCAUCCGAUUUCGUCCGCUACCACUACAACGGCUCCCUGCUGACGGAUGAAACGUUUGACUCCAGGUACUCGAGUAACGAGACCUACGACACUUACCUCGGACAGGGCGACCUCAUCAAAGGCCUUGAGGAGGGACUUCUGGGAAUGUGCGUCGGAGAAAGACGGGUCAUCAUUGUGCCACCAUUCCUGGCUUAUGGAGAACAAGGCCACGGAGCGGAGAUCCCCCCUCAGGCCACGCUGGUGUUCGAGGUCCUGAUGGUGGACCUGUUCAACCCUAAAGAUGACCUGACGGUGGAGGUGACGGAGGUCCCUGAAGGCUGCACUCGCAGGACGGUGGUUGGAGAUUAUGUGCGUUACCACUACAAUGGCACCUUCCAGGACGGCGCCCUGUUCGACUCCAGCUACCAGAGAAACAGCACCUACAACACCUACAUCGGGAUGGGUUACGUGAUCCACGGCAUGGACAAAGCUCUGCAGGGUCUGUGCACGGGAGAAAAGAGGCGGAUCGUGAUUCCUCCUCAUCUGGCGUACGGCGAGAAAGGAGUCGGAGGCCUCAUUCCCGGUUCGGCCGUGCUCGUCUUCCACAUCCACAUCAUUGAUUUCCACAACCCCAAAGAUUCCGUCCAGAUCCGAGUUACCCACAAGCCCCGGGAGUGCAACGCCACCAGUGAGGCCGACGACUGGAUCAAGUAUCGCUACAACUGCUCCCUCAUGGACGGCAGCCUUCUCUACUCCUCGGACCACUACGACUCGCCUUCGGUCACAACUUUAGGAGCCAAUAAAGUCAUCGUGGGUCUGGAGGAAGGUCUGAAGGGCAUGUGUGUGGGCGAGAGGAGGGAGGUGGUCGUUCCUCCCCACUGGGCUCACGGGGAAAACGGAGCUGGAGAUGUUCCCAGAAGUGCAGUGCUGCUGUUUGAGCUGGAGCUGGUGGAGCUGCAGAAGGGCGUCCCGGAAGGAUACAUGUUUGUGUGGCUCGGCGACGGACCCGACCCCCUCUUUGACGCCAUGGAUAUCAACGGGGACAAGGAGGUCCCUCUGGAGGAGUUCUCAAACUUCAUCCACCUUCAAGUCCAGGAGGGCAAAGGUCGCCUGCGGCCGGGCAUGGAGGCCGACGGCAUCAUCAAGGACAUGUUUGACAAUCAGGAUCGGAAUAAAGACGGAAAGAUUUUGGAGGAAGAGCUGAUGGUCAAAGAGGACGAGGAGCGAGUGGUACGGGACGAGUUGUGAGGGGAAUGUGGUCCGGUUGUUGCCCCGGCAACAGUGAAGAAAGUUGUUUUAGAAGUUAUUAUGGAAGCCAUUCAGACUGAUAUUAUUGGGACGGUUCUGAGCCUGAACAGGAAGUCAGUGAAAGAAACUAAAAUUAUUAAAAUUAUCAAACAUUAAAAACAUCCAAGAUGCAGCUAGAAAAUGUUUUAAUACUUAAAAGGACAUCUUUAUGUUUUUGUAUAAAUGUUUUUAUGAAUCUACUGGCUGUACAGUUGUUUAUCUUUGAUAUAAAAUGAACUUUUAUACUUUAA